AACAGCGGUGGUCUGUAGAAUGGGUCUGCCUCUAUGGCUCUCAGAACGCAGCUGUUUCCUCUGACGUUAGUUCCGGUGGAGGCAGGGCAUAAUCCAGAGGUGACCAGCCUGAGAACGACAGUGCUGGAGGGGAGGCUGCAGUUCUUAAGAAAUGGCUUCCUUUGGGUGGAAGAGGAAGAUUGGGGAGAAAGUAUCCAAGGUAACAUCACAGCAGUUUGAAGCUCAGGCUGCAGAUGAGCAGGGCCUCGAUAGCGAUGAGGCCAAUGGGCUCCCUGAGGCCAAAAAGAAAAAGGGACUUCUCCAUGAAGACUGCUUAGCCCAAAGUAAACAGCUGAAGGACGAAGGAGCAGCUUUGGCAGAAAACGAAAGAUACCGGGAGGCUAUUCACAAAUGGGAUGAAGCACUUCAGUUAACUCCAGAAGACGCUACCCUCUAUGAGAUGAAAUCACAGGUCCUGAUGUCUCUACAUGAAAUGUUCCCUGCAGUGCAUGCAGCACAGUUGGCUGUUGAGAAAGAUGCCCAUUCUUGGGAGGCCUGGCAGACUUUGGGACGUGCUCAGCUUGGAUUAGGAGAAAUCACAUUGGCAAUCCGAAGUUUCCAGAUUGCCUUGCACAUCUGCCCACUGAGCCCUGAACUGUGGAAUGAAGAUCUUUCUUGGGCAAGACAGCUGCACAAACAGCAAAAGAAAGCAACCGACACUGAGACAAUCACCCAAGGAAAGGUGGCUCGGGGAGAGACUUCAAAAGAACUAAUCCCGGAUUACGAUUUUGAAAGCGACGAGAUUCUAGCUGUCUGUGCAGCCAUAGCUGAGAAGGAAAAGAACACCUCUCCCUCCAAAACUGUAGUGAUAGUGUCUGCUUCAGGGACCAUUGAGACUGUAACUGAAAAGGAGGAAUGUGCGUCAACUCCUGACAGUACUGUUUUUAUCAAAGCCCGAUAGAGCAGCACUCGUUCUUCUGAAAAUAACCCUGCUUUUUGAGGGCUUCCUUGUCCGCCUUCUCCUGCGUGCUUCAUCUUCCUGGAUCAUCAAGAAUCAGGACAGAACCUUUGAGGGCUUGCCUUCCAAGUUAAGCCUUGGUGGGUGUAGUUUUGACCCUUUAUUCUCUGAACCCCUGUGCCAUCAGGAAGGGAGGAAGAACCGGCCAUGUAUGGGGUAAUAGGCAAUGCUGGGCAAACUAGAAGAAUCACCGUGGAAGUGGGGUGGCUCCCCCUAGCCAUGUUGUGCUCCUGGUCUGGAAAUGACAUCGUUCAUUUGGGAACUGAAAGCUAGGUUGCAGAAGUGUGUCACUGUUGUCAUUUUUGUGGGAAGACUGCCACCAUUUAAAUGACAGAUAUCUAAACGUUUUCCUAGAUUGCCUUACGCUGUCAGUUCUGUCUCCACUCUUUAUGCAUACGAUAUACAAACCUGGAGGCGUGCUUCCAGUCUGUUGUGCGUCCCAAUGGCCCCGCUUCCUUCCCUUCCCUGCCUCUCCAGCCCAUCCCUGCGCCUGGCUGUGGCACCGCCUCCACUGUUCCAAUCCCUUGGCUUUCCAGUUCAUAACCACAGCUUGCUUCAGCAACAUCCUCCAACCCUUGCAUGAGAGUGAUUUUGAAAUUGUUAUUAAAACGUACUUUUCCAGUCAACGGAAUACACAGAAGGAGCAGGAGGUAUCACCCCCCCCUCCUCCCCAAUUUCCAAAGAAGCAAUACUUUAAAAUAAAUAAAUGUCUUUGAAAAAACGAUGGGCAAACAAAACCUAAACCUGAGAACUUUUUCUUCCAAGAAACGACCAGAUUUCUAAUUUAUCUAGCCGACAAUUUUACCUUGCCUGAUCUUAUGCACGCUUACUUAGAAGUAAGGCCACUGAUUUCAGAGGGAUCUGUCUGUGCCCAAGUUUAUCCCGUGUAGGACCCCAGUCGAUAAGGAACAUCGGGGAUGGUGGGCAGAUUUUUUUCUGAGUGUGUUCAAAGAGAAUGCAAGGUGGCAUCCGUAAUGAAACCACUUUAAAUUUGACUCGGCAUACUAAGGCUUAACUGUUCUUUCUGCCUCGUUUGUGUGUGCUGCAUCAUCAUGGUAAAUGCAUUCAUGGCAGGAUAAGGUACUGCUGACACUUUCUUUCCCUACAGUAUUCAGUUUUACGGGAGAGUUUCCUGAGAAGUAGCAGCCAAUUGCUAUUCUCCUCAAAUAACGAGUGGCAUUUCUCUUACUCUGUUUUACACCGGUUAUGCUUAGAUCCUGUUUUUUGAGUAUUUUCAUGUUGUGAAUAAAGUUUGCUUCCCAUGUGACUAAAUGUAUUUGUUUGCAAUGCAUGAGGUUUAAAAGGAUAAACUGUUAAGUCUGAAUGCUAGGACUGAUAAUCUGAAAACAAGACUGACAAAAUUUGUACAUAUAAGUAGUCCAGAUACUACCACAAGAAAGGUUUAUUUGCAACUUGUUUUACAGAUUUGCAGUGCAUUUAUUUUUCACGUGCACCUCUGAGAAGACCUCUGGUCCACAACUACUUUUGUUAUUACUGCAACAACUGUCCCUCUCGAUUUAUUCAUUCAUUCAUUUAGAAGGCUGCUUUGAUCAUGGAUGGAGGCGCCAAGCUCUGAUGCUGUUCCUCACAGUGGCCAACUGGUAAGCGCCUCCUUUUCCGUAGAUGCCACUAGGUUGGCAACUGAAUGUUCAUUUUUGUUUGCGUAUGUCUUCAGCUGCAUGAGUCACACACGUGCUUGGAGAAAUAUGUGUGUGCUUUGAGGCUGUUUGUGGAUACACUUUACAGCAAUUUCUCAAGAUUGUAGAAAUACAGUACUUAUUUUCACAGGCGCUCUGAUUACUGGAAUUGUGGUGUCAUCUAAUUUAUAGUUUUCAUGUGUGUGCGUGCAGCAAUGUGCAUCAUAGAUUUGGGACUAAGGUUGCCCUGAGUCAAGAAGAAAAGUUGAGUAUAAAUAUUUUAAUAAAUA